GAAAGGUUUAAGGUAAUCUGAAUCCGAACGGCCCGCCCUUUCCUACCCUUCUCCUUAGUCCUUCCCAUAUAAAUACCCCCACCCCCACGCACAAUUUACAAACCCAGCUCUUCACCAAAUUGACAUUUACCCAAGUCGAAUUAAGGCCAUGUUUGGCAGUCGCGACAUGUGGGGCACCCCCGGCGGCGACUCCCCCGGCUGGUCGCGCCUCCAGGACAAGCUCUUCGAGCGGGCUCUGGUGAUGUUCCCGGAGGGAACUCCCGACCGCUGGGAGAAGAUCGCCGGCGAGGUGGGCAAGCCCGUGGGGGAAGUUUGGCGCCAUUACGAGGACUUGGUGCACGACGUGGAGGAUAUCGACUCGGGCCGAGUCGAGUUGCCGAGUUACCCGGAUGACUCCGGUUCGGCGGCGUCCGGCUCGGGGUCCCGGGCCAGGCAGGGGGAGUCGGAGAGGAAGAAGGGAAUUCCCUGGACGGAAGAAGAGCACAGGUUGUUUUUGAUUGGGCUUCAAAAAUAUGGGAAGGGAGAUUGGAGGAGCAUAUCAAGAAAUGCAGUGGUAACGAGAACCCCAACUCAGGUGGCAAGCCAUGCCCAGAAAUACUUUCUCCGACUCAACUCCGUUAAAAAAGAGAAAAAACGCUCUAGCAUUCAUGACAUCACCGCAGUCGAUGAUCCUAUGCCCCAGACCGGUGGCUCCGUUCAAUCUGGACAAUUCGUGUCGGGGCAACCCGUCAUGGGCUCUAUGGCCCUCCCUCCCCAUUUCCAUGGCGGAGGGUCAUCCGGGUAUCACCCAUUUGGAUUCCCCAUGUAAAAUACAAAGGGGAAAAAGAGAAGAAGAUGACUUAAUUAACUACUUAUAUUGUAAUUUCAACCCCCACCCCACCCCACCCCACCAAACCAAACCAAACCAAAAAAAAAAAAAAAGAGCAAAAGAACUCGUUUGUAAUUACAAAAUGCAAAGCUAGCUAAAGCUUUCCCCCCCCGGGUUGUAUCUCAAUCUCUGUUCCUACUGGUCAAUAUACUUGAACUAAGAAUGAUUAUUAUUCUAUCUUUCAAA